AUGGGCAACCCUCUGGAACAGUCAGCCGCAAGUACGGGCUCGCCCUCCUCGCCGUCAAAGAGAUGGAGGUAUUUUUUUGUCUUUGCACUGCUGGCCCUGUGUUUUGUCCAGUUUACGGGGUGUCAGUUUCGAACCAGUCUGCGCCGCGACGGUCCAGAUACCUCUCAAACACCAACGGGUCAACUCCCGAUGAUGUGGAUGACAGACCAGAAACGAAUGGCAACUCCAGGGGAGCUCACUCCCCUUAAUUUCGAACCUCUUCCGUUGGGUGCUAUCAAACCCCGUGGUUGGUUGCUUGAAGAAGCAAAAGCUAUGGUAAAAGGUCUCCCGGGACACGAACAUGACUUCUAUCAGGUCGUCCGUGAUAGUCGAUGGCUUGGUGGAAGCCGUGAUUACAGUGACUUGAACGAAGCGUUGCCUUACUGGUUUAACGGCGUUGUCCCUCUUGCCUACGAGACGGGGGACGAAGAUCUCUUGGGCAAAGUCCGGAAAAUCGCCGACUAUGUUAUUUCUCAUCAACAAGAUGAUGGUUGGCUUGGUCCCGAGACGGAGCACUUGCAGCGGAAUUUCUGGGGGCGAACGCCCUUAGUUAUGGGCCUGGCUCAGAUGGCGGAAGCGGAGCCAGGAACGAAAAUUGCCGACGAUAUUAUGAAUUCAAUGCACAGGUUCCUUGAUAUUAUGCAUUCGAUGCUUUCCGAUAAUCUUCAGGGUCUGGUUGCGCACCCCGGGGAUAAAUUCGACGAGCAAUGGGGCCGAUCUCGUGCCUCUGACAUGAUCUUGGUGCUUCAGUGGUUGUACGAAAGGGACCCUCGAGACAAUGAGGGGAAGCUGCUUGACUGCAUGGAGUUUUUUCGAAAAGGUGGUCACGACUGGUCGUGGUGGUAUGGCGAAGAUGUAUAUCCCAAAGUGGAUUUUGAUACUCUUCCAGACAAUUUUACGAAUAAAUACUAUCACUUUGAGCACGGUGUGAACAUCGGACAGGGCCUUAAGUCAAGUGCGAUUAUCCGAAGAUUCACACAUGAUGAUGGUCUGCUCGAGUCUGCCAGAAGGGGUGUCGAUCUGACGUUCAAGUAUCAUGGAACGCCGUCUGGCGGGGUUAUUGCAGAUGAGCGGUUGUCUGGGCUUAGUCCUGUGCGCGGCGUCGAACUCUGCUCUGUUGUUGAGACAAUGUAUUCUCUCAGCUAUUUAUACCAGGCCACAGGAGAGAAGGGUUAUGCCGAUAGGUGCGAACUUGCCGCCUUCAACGCUCUCCCAGUCAUGGUGACCACCGAUUGGUGGGCACAUCAGUAUAUCGCACAGACCAAUCAGCCAAUUUCCCACAUUGUCAGCCGCAGUCCCUGGCAUAACGUCGGAACGAAUGCCCAGACAUUCGGUUUAGAACCAAAUUAUCCCUGUUGCACGGUUAACUAUCCGCAGGGAUACCCAAAGUUCAUAUCCAAUAUGUUUGUUCGAGCAGGCGAUGAUGGCAUCGCACAUGCAUUGCUCGGACCUGGAUCUGUCGAGACCACGACGAAAUCUGGCAACAAGGUUAAAAUAGCCUGCAGUACUGCAUAUCCCUUUAGCCAUGCUUUCUGGUAUGAUAUUGAGAGCGAAGACGAUUUUACAUUUCAUGUUCGAGUCCCGAAAUGGGCGGAAACACAACGAUCAUGGUUUUCCGUAGACGGCAGCGAGCAUAGCCUAGUAUCGCCAGACUCUCAAAAUGGCUUGCAAGCCAUUUACCUUCGUGGUGGAAAGCAUGUUAUCACCUAUUCACUCGACACGGGCAUCCGGACUGUCCCUCGUGACAAUAAUACUGUAUCAAUCUACCACGGCGCGUUGCUUUACGCUGUGGCUCUGAACCCAGAUGUGACAUACAAACAGUCAACCUAUCCUGGCGCUCCUCCACUCGCGCGCGAAUAUACAAUGACUCCAAGGAAAAACUGGGGGUUGGCCAUCGAUCCCUCGUCGCUGCGUUUCAAAGGCUUACCUGACCCGUCGAAGCCUCUUCCAGGACCAGUGUGGGGAGAGGGCAAUUCCGUUACCACCAUUACGGCAACUGUAUGCGACAUUGAAUGGGACCUGACAGAGCCUAGAGGACACGCACCAAACCCUCCGCACUGUGAAAAGAGAGUCUGCGUGGGCAAGCCUUAUCAGGUCGAAUUAGUACCCUAUGGGACGGCAAAGCUCCACAUGGCAGAGCUUCCGGUGAUGAAGUCGGAGAAUGGUUGUGUUAUGGAAUAG